AUGCCUGGAAAGACGUAUCUCAUCACCGGAGCUAACCGCGGCAUCGGCCGCGGCAUGUUCGACCAUUAUGUCGCACAGCCAAACAACACCCUCAUCGCGGCAGUGCGCGAUCCUGCCGGUGCUCAAGCCCUGCUCAGUGUUUCCAAAGGCGAGAACACCAAAGUUCUCAUCGUCAAGAUCGACUCGGCAUCCAAGACGGACCCAUACGAGGCCGUGAAGGGCAUCGACAAAAUCGACGUCGUCAUCUCAGCUGCUGGUAUCGCGCCGCUCAACACUGUCGCCGAUGUGCCGCUCGAAGAGUUCGAGAACGCUCUCCAGGUCAAUGCCAUCUCCGUCAUGAUACUGUACAAGGCUACUCUGCCCUUGCUCAAGAAGUCAGACUCGGCCCGCUUCGCCUUCAUAAGCGCUGCUGGCGGCAGUAUCAACAACAUGCCUGAGUUUCCCUACCCCAAUAUCAGCUAUACCGGCUCCAAGGCGCUCGCCAACGUCAUGGUCCGCAAGAUGGGUAUGGAAAACGACUGGCUGAUCACGCUGUGCAUUCAUCCUGGGUAA